AUGCCUGGUUUUGGAGUUGCUUUAGCAUGGAUGAUAAUUUCCCCGUUUGCGUUCCUCACUGAUUGUUUCUCAAUUUUUUUUAUUCUUCACUACAAGCCUUUAUACCAUAGCUGCGACGUGGCCUUUAUUUCCCUCUGUGUUACUAUGGCGACUAACGCCUGGCUCCUCCUACCUAUUCCUGCUGUUGCGAAACUGGCUGAUGUCUAUUGGUCCCAAAGCUUAUGUGCAUUCUAUACGUGGUUAUCAACCACACUUCGCUGCUCCCACAUUUUAGUCUUGCUAGUUCUGAACGUUUAUUGGAUGGCUUCGUUACGGGUAUCAAAUAAAAGUAAUGUAUUCAUUUCGUCUAAACCAAUCACCGUGUCCGUAUGUAUAUGCUGGUUUAUUUCUCUCGUGAUUGGACUAAUCCCGGACGUGGCCCUGACCAAAUAUAGCGCCGACAGAUUUCACCUGCCUACAAUUUCUGGAGGGAUUCGAACCAGCGCUUUAAUCCACGCAAAGUACAACGAGCUGAAUAUGACCAUUGAGUUAUGUCGUUUAGUGUUGUUGUUUUCCAUGGCCUCCUCAGUUCUGAACGCUGUGCCUUUAUUGGCGUCUCAGUUUGUUCAGCUGAUCCAAGAGUACAGCAGGGAAACCUUGGAGACGACCUUGCUGUGGCUGCUUCUGAUAGAGGCCCUGAUCCUUCCACACCUUCUAUGGCUGCUCAGCAGACGAUACCGACACGCAGUGAUGUAUACAUGGAGGGUGUUCGUUCUCAGAGACACCAGCGCUAGAGAGGAGG